GCAUCCUUCCCUCCACCUACGGACCGGGCGCGGGCUCCGCUGCCAUCUCGGACGGGCCCGGCGACAUCGACAAGAAGCAGUACGACAAGCAGCUCGAGCUUCGACUCGCGACGGCCGACUCGACAAAGGCGGCGAUCUCCGCCGCCAUCCUCGAGAGCUUCGUCACGGCCAGGGCGCUGUCGGAAGCUCGCCGCGUGAAGCGCAAGAGCUCCCGAGGCAGCGGUUGGGACUCUACCUACACCGAGGUCGAGGGCGUGCCGCUCAGCGACGAGCAGGCGGUCGACCUGGCAGCGAAGGUGACAGCUGCCUGCGCCAGCAUCUCACCCGCCAAUCUCUCGACAACGCCGAUGCUGAGGGCGGAUGCAGCAGCGGCGGCGGACAUCGAAGGCGAUGUGCCGAUGGCCGAGGCGCAGGAGGACGACGAGGAGCAGGGGGGCGAGGAGGAGGGGGGGGAGGGCGAGGAGGAGGAGGAGGAGGAGGGUGGCGGUGACGGUGUGAUGGGUGAGGCGCGCCGCCUGCUGCACGGGCGGGCGAGCGUCCCCCUCAAGUCCGGCGGCAAGCUGCUCCUGCGGCAGUUCGGUUCUUUGCCGGGUCGAAUGCAGAAGAAGUUCCUGAUGGACCCGGUCUUCACCAAGGCGCACGUUUUUCGUCUUCAAGUUUACCUGGCGUGGGUGCCCGCCGGAGCGGUGCCGCUUGCGCUGCACCGAGAUGGCCCGCCACUCGUCACCGUCGGCCGCCUCUGCGCGCGCUACGGGCUCGUGGCGUGACUGACAGACUCAGCCGGCGUCGACACACUCUCGCUGCAUUUGUCUUGUGUUUUAUACAUUAUCACAGCGUGUCCGAAUUGUGCAUCCCAGGGUUCUUUUUUGCUUUGUUGU